AUGUCCGAGAUGAAAUCCGGGACUCUACGAAUGCAGACAGCACCCCGAUCUAGAAAUAUAAAUUCUAGCCUCGCCCCCAAGCCUGUAGUCAUGAGGCAGCGUUGCGUCGUUUGCGGGCUUCUGUUCAUCAUCAUACUUGCUGCCUUGAGCAUAUUUAUUUCCUCCUGUGUAUCUUCGAGUGGAUUUCAUACGACGAUUUUCAAAGCCUACAAGCCGAUAUCCGGGUCUUCCAACCUAAAUACAUCGCUCUCUCUCUUUAGGUAUGGAUGGCUCGACGAGGUAACAGUCAGCGAUAAGAAGAAUGGACUAGACAAUAGUUUGGUAGAUGGCAAACAUUCUGACAAAGUCUUUCGAAUACCGACCAUGCCUGUUUCUAGGCAUACGCGAAGUGAUCAUCAUCCAAUAUCUCUAUCUUCUGUUGUGAGUGUGACAUCAAAAGCAACUCAUACCUCACUGUUUAUUCGUGAACGUUUCAAGAAAAGACGGAGCUUUAUCAGGUCGACGUGUCAGAAAAUGGGAUUAUGGAAGAAACCUCUUACUAUGACGGAAACACGAAUACUGCACUACAAUAUGCUUGUUGAUGACAAGCAUCGAAUUCUCUACUGCUUCUUGCCUAAAGCAGCUUGCACGUCUUGGAAAAAAGUUUUUCAAGUUUUGACAGGCAAAGCAAAGUCAACAAAAGAAAUUAGUGGCAAAAAUGCACACGAUCAAAAACGUUUGACAUUUUUGAAAGACUUUAGUAGUUCAGAAGCUCUUAAGAGACUUUCGGGCUACAGGAAAAUGAUGGUUCAUCGUGAACCAAUGAUGCGCUUUAUUUCUGCUUACAUCAGCAAGUUUGUUGUGCCUGAUUGGUACUUUGUGAAAAAGUUUGGAACACAAAUCCUUAAAUUAUACAGAAAGGAUGCAUCUAAAGAGAGUCUAGCAACAGGAAAAGGCGUUCGUUUUGAGGAGUUUUCAAGGUAUAUUGCAGACAAUGCUCACAAGGCAUUACACUUUGAUGGACACUGGAAGCCUGCCGCAUUUCAAUGUCAGCCAUGCUAUGUUGAUUAUGACUAUGUUAGUUCAACUGACACAGCGGAUGAAGAUGCGGAUGUCAUUCUUGACUUAAUAGGAGCCAAUGGAAAGGUAACAUUUCCCCAUGAUAACAAAAGUCGUCACACUUCAGUUAUUCAACAAUAUUUUUCUAAACUAUCUCGUGCAGUUGUGAAGAAGUUAAUAGAGGUUUACAGGAGGGAUUUUACAUUAUUUGGCUACAAGAGACCAAAUGUCAAAGACCUUGUUUAUCAUAAUGCUUCACUAAGUAUUAGAUAAAACAUCUUUUUAUACAGUAACACAACAUGU